AUAGCCGAACCGUAGUGUCCACGUCAUGUCAGGUUCGUCCUUUUACAGAAAAAGAAAAAUAGUGCCAUAUUUGUGAUUUGUGGAUUCAGAAAGCCUCUGCCUCCUUUGCUCGCAUUUCUUCCAACUGCAAACACCCGGGAUCUGUAUAUAGAAAUGGGGAGGCUAUUUGUAGUGAACCUGGAAGGCAAGAUCUACAGCUGCAAGCACUGCCGAACCCAUCUUGCUCUCUGCGAAGACAUCGUUUCCAAGUCUUUCCACUGCAGGCAUGGGAAGGCUUACCUCUUCAAUAAGGUAGUGAAUGUCUCUGUCGGAGCUACGGAAGAAAGAAUGAUGAUGACUGGACUGCACACUGUUGCUGACAUUUUCUGUGUUGGUUGUGGAUCAAUCGUGGGAUGGAAAUAUGAAACUGCCCAUGAAAAGAACCAGAAAUACAAGGAAGGGAAAUCUGUCCUCGAGCGGUUUAAGGUUUCAGGCCCUGAUGGAAGCAAUUACUGGGUGAGUCAUGAAACCCAAGUUGGUGGAAGUGAUGCAGAUGAUGCUUGACAAACCCUUUCAUUGUUAAAUGUACAUUCUUUAUCCUUCAUUACCCCCCCAAACUAAUGUUCUCAUUCAACAUGGAUACUCAAACUAGUAAUUUCCAAUUGUGGCAGCUUGCCCAGCAUAUGCCCCUAAUAACACAAACGUUUGAUUGUUCA